CGAACUUGGACGACAGAAACAACGAGUGAGGAGCCGUGCCGAAGGAUUCUUUUGGGUGAUUAUUCUGGCUCUCUCAAAUUUGCUUGAGAUGGGAGAUCAAGCGGAAGAAAAAGUAGGCACACCACAUGCAAAGCAACAAGCUCUACUAUGUCAAGAGUGUGAAAAGAGCCCAUCAAAAUACAAGUGUCCUGCAUGUUCAUUCCGCUCAUGUAGCCUUCCAUGCGUAAAUGCUCAUAAACACCGCACUGGCUGCAGUGGCAAGAGGAAUCAGACUCAGUUCGUCCCUCUUUCUCAAUUUAAUGACAAUGUUCUCCUCUCUGACUAUAAUUUGCUCGAGGAAGUGAAGAGGGUGACUGAAUCUGCUCACAGAACGAGAACUAAAUUAAGUGUGCAUCCUUAUUUUAAGUUGCCGUUUCCCCUCCAAAACCUCCGGCGUGCAGCUGCUAGUAGGAGAACAAAACUCUUGUUCCUUCCAAGUGGACUUGCAAAAAGGGGCAGAAAUCAGUCUCGAUAUGAGCAAAGGAAGAAAUUUAUUUCGUGGACAAUUGAAUGGCGCUUUCACUCGACAGAUGUGGUUCUUUGUGACCAUGGAAUGCACGAGGACAUGACCCUUUGUACCGUCAUUGAGAAACAUCUGAAACCCGGUCCAUGGAACCAUCAGCUAAAGCAAUUUUGUGAUGAACAGCUGGACAAUCUCAGAUUUUUUAUUCGUAAAUAUCCAAAGGGUCCCAAAUCACCUUUCAAGGAGUUGGACAUAAGGACGCCUCUUAGGCAACUAUUGGCAAAUGUUGUCAUCUUAGAAUAUCCUGUAAUACACAUCUUCCUUCCAUCACACAGUUGUGAUUUUGAAGUUGUUAAAGACGGGAGAGCCAUCACUCCCAAAUCUGAUUUGCAGUGCUCUGUCGGAAGUGAUAACUCGAAUGUGGAUGGUGUCCGCUUCAGGGAGGAGAUUAUUGAGGAUAAUGGCUGUUCGGAAUCGCGGGUGUGUGACCUAAUGCAGCAACGGAACUCAAGUCGAGAAUCUCAAUUUUCCCAUCAAAUUACAAAAUCAUCAAGUUGGCCCUUGGCAGGACAUGUAUCUGGAUUAAGCGAACCACUUCCCUCCAAUGUUGGGGAUUCAGGGAUUAUUGAGGACAUGGAAAUUGACUUCGAUCAGGGACUUCUGGAUGCCUAUUCAAAUCUCAUUGCACAAAUGAAUCCCGAUGAUUUUCUUGAAUUGGAUGAUGAGUUUGCCAGAAAAGGUCUAGAAGAAAGAACAGGCUUGCCUGGAGGGUGCAACUUAGCAUCGGUGGAGGAUGAAUUAGAGGAAGGCGAGAUUUUGGAAUGAUGAGCCACUCUUACGACUUUUACCGUAUGUUAUGUUGUAUAUAUUACGGAUUUUUGUAAUAUUAUGUGACCUGGAGAUGCCUGAGAUGGCGAGUUUGAGGAGUCCUUUUGAUGCAGAUUAAUGGUCACUACAGCAAAGUCUCCUGUUUUCUCCUCUUCAGCAUAUUUUGCAGGAAGAUUGAACAAGCUUUAGAAGUUAAGAGGUGCGCGACAACGGAGCGAGGCAUUUUGUAGCUGAGUUUUGGGUUUGGUUUGGAAUCAGAGUGGGCAACUGGAGUUUGAUUUCAUAUCUAGUUCAUAUGUGUGCUUGGUUUUUGUAGUUUGAACCCCGAUUCUCCUCGAUCCUUCGGAUCACAGUCUUCAUGUUAUCUAAACAUUACUGUUCUAGAAGCAAUGCAAAAAUUAAUGUCUUCGUUUUCCUUGA